AUGCAAGUUCUCGACGCGACCAGUCUUGCCGAACGCCUCAGGUGGGAGGACCAAGACUACUGGCUGCACCUCGAGGCCGAGACGCCGUUCGACAAGUACCCAGCCAAGCAGCAUGCGCGGCGCGUGCAAGAAAAGAUGGGCAUCGAGGAUGGGUUGAUCUACCUUCCAGGCCAGCCGGCGAGGAACAACGAAGAUAGCGACAUGCCAGCUCCCUUUCGCCAGCGACGAUACUUUUACUACUUGAGCGGAUGUAAUGAACCUGACUGCCACAUGGCUUACGACGUCCAGCGCGAUGUCCUAACUUUAUUCAUUCCGCGCAUCAAUCCUGCGCGCGUCAUCUGGAAUGGCCGUGGCUCCACUCGAGCAGAGGCGCUCACCAAGUAUGACAUUGACCAAGUGUUCUACACGGAUGAGUUGCAGUAUGUCAUCCAGGAGUGGGCCCAUGUCAAUCGCCACGCCGGCGUUUACGUCUUGCAUCCAUCUUCGCGGGUACCAGGCUGCGAUAAUCUUGUCCCUCGCACAGACUUUCAUUCUCUUCAACCAGCCAUGAACAUGUGUCGCAUGAUCAAGGAUAGCCAUGAAAUCAGCCUCAUCCGGAAAGCGAAUGACAUCAGCUCACAGGCGCAUCGAGAGGUGCUUGAGAACAUCCUCAGCUUUAACAACGAAGCCCAAGUCGAAGGCCUCUUCAUGGAUGUGUGUAUAUCACGUCAGGCCAAACAGCAAGCCUAUGCCCCCAUUGCCGCAUCCGGACCGAAUGCAGGUACUCUGCAUUAUGAUGCAAACAAUGAGAGCUUUGCCGGUCGGCAACUCAUGUGUUUAGAUGCUGGCUGUGAGUACGAGUUGUAUGCUAGCGACAUUACGCGUUCUUUCCCGCUAUCUGCUUCUUGGCCUAGCAAAGAAGCCAAAAACGUCUACAAGCUGGUUCAACGCAUGCAGGACACUUGCAUCGAGAGAUUAGGUCCUGGUGUUAGGUAUCUAGACCUGCACAUUCUGGCGCAUCAAAUUGCGAUUGAUGGCCUUCUGCAGCUCGGAAUCCUGCAUAAUGGAACAAAAGAAGAAAUCUACAAAGCAGGUACAAGCAGAGCCUUCUUUCCUCACGGCUUGGGGCAUCACGUCGGCUUAGAAGUCCACGACCCGAGCCAAGCAGAUCUGAUGAGCAUCCGAAGAGGCAAGCUUGUCACUCAACAGGCACCUUCUCUCUACCCAGAAAAUUUUCACAGCCCAGUAUACAAUUCUGAGACAUGUCAUGCGCCAGCAAAUCCUCAGAGCAGCCAUCUUGAGGAAGGCAUGGUGGUGACUGUCGAGCCUGGUAUCUACUUCUCGGCCUAUGCUUUGCAACACUUCUAUCUCCCGUCGCCGGUCCAUUCAAAAUUUAUCAACACUGAAGCACUGAAACGUUACUUACCUGUGGGCGGAGUUCGCAUCGAAGAUGAUAUUCUGAUAACUGCCAGAGGCUAUGAGAAUCUGACCACUGCUCCCAAGGGCGAAGCGAUGUUCGAAAUCAUCAGACAGGGCAAGUCAAAGGUGAAAAGUUCACUAGCUCCAACAGUAGCAAUCUCACAGGGGAAAAGCAAAGAUGUAGAAGCGCCACUCUUACGCGCGCCAGGAAUCCCAAAGGAAAUGACGCAACUUGUACAAAGACCGCUUACACGAUCUGCAACCUUACCAGCUGACCUCAAACACAAGAAUGUGGAACUUGAGCCUCGGGCAGGACCAUCACUCUUAUCAAACUUUGGACGCUCCAUGACUACAGAGGAAAAGAUUGAGCAGUGGCGGAAGAAGCGCAGUUCAAAACCAGCAACGCCAUCGCUUACAACAACCAUGGGGAAAGUACAGCCCGUUUGUGGCGAUAACCAUCCGGGAAUGCAGCAUAUAUAUAUGGGUGAUGCCCCUAGCAUGUCUUCAUUGCCACGAACAAAUCCCAAGUCUACCGACUUGUCUGCAUGCAAGAACUGUGCCAUUCUCGUUCAAACACUUGACCGGCUGAGGCAAAAUCUUGCAUCAUCAGCACAGGGGUCACCACCACCAGUGACAGCAACCACACAAAAGGACAACACAAGAAGCCCUGUUUUGGAGCUUGGAAGCAAGGAGGUCAAGGUAUCGACUGGCGCGCCAUCAGAUACUCUUGAGCACAGAGGGAUCAGGAGGGAACGAGUAUGCUCACAACCGCGCUCUCACCCAAAUUUGAGGUCGAACCAAGCGAAAAUGCCGUCCCCUGCACAACACACACAACUCGGGUUUCCAACAGAGGUUAAUGCUUCGGAAGAACAACUUGCAUCAUGUUCUCCUCGCUCCAAAGAUGCGACCACGCAACCCCAACCUGGACUAUCUACCACAGUGUCACCCUUGUCCUUGCCAUCACCGAGACCUCAACAUCCCAGCACAGAAGCAGUCUCGGAAGUGGAGGUGGUACGAAGAAAGCUAGAAUCAUUGCAAUCCAGGCUUAGUCAUCUCGAACAGCGCGGGCAGCCUACACGGCCUCCCAUUCCACGGCCUUCUAUGCCAAACUUGAUGUCACACAAUCUGUGA